GAUGAUGAGCUGAUUCCGAAAUGUUUGUUUUACAAGGGAAACGGGCUUUUUAAAGUAUUCUAAGCGGGUUUUCUACUCCCCGGCAAGUUUACGUGGCCUGAGAGACCCAGACAACCUUACUCACUGGAUUUUUUUCGCUUGGUAGAGAUGAAUCCCGCGGAAUGUCUCGCCCCCAUGUGGCCAGUGAUGGCACUGCUUCUCCUAUUCGGCGUCACCCCGGCGCACCUCAGCAAAUGCCCGAAGUUCUGCAUAUGUGACAACAUCCAGCUCACCGUUGGAUGCGUUGGCAAAAACCUGACUGAGGUUCCUCCCACCAUCAACGAGAUUACGGUGAAGCUGGACCUGAGGGGGAACGACAUUCAGGACCUGCCCACGGGGGCCUUUGUGCACACCCCGUACCUCACCCACCUGUCCCUGCAGCGCUGCAACAUUCGGAGGGUGCGCGAGGGGGCCUUCCGCAGCCUGGGCCGCCUGGUCUUCCUCAACCUCGCCAACAACAACAUCGAGAUUCUCUACCAGGAGUCCUUUGAUGGUCUAAGCUCCCUGAAGCAGCUCCUGAUCGAUCACAACAGGCUGGAGGAAAUCCAGCCCGGAGCCUUCUCCCAGCUGGGCUUCCUGAACCUGCUGUCUCUAACCCACAACCGGCUUGUCUACAUGCCCAACAUGGCCUUCCAGGGGCUGCAGAACAUCAAGUGGCUGCGUCUGACCCACAACUCCCUCAACAACCUGGCGACCGAGGCCUUCGCUGGGCUCUUCACCCUCACGCGCCUCAGCCUGGACCACAACGAGCUGCAGUUCUUCCCCACUCAAACCAUGACCCGACUCCCCGAGCUUACCCGUCUUGACAUGAGCUACAACCCCAUGACCUACCUGGGGGAGGAGACGGUGGCCAUGCCCAAACUCACCCACCUCUUCCUGGACCACAUGUCCCUGCAGGACUUUUCCCACGUGGCCCUGUCCCUGGUGCCGAGCCUUACCUACCUGGACCUCAGCCACAACCAGCUGCGGGUCCUGCAGCCUCUCUCCGGCCCCCAGAAGCUGACCCGGCUCAACCUCUCAGGGAACCCCAUCUACUGCAACUGCUACCUGCGGCCGCUGAGGGAGUGGGCCAUCAGGGAGCGCGUGCGGCUGAUCGGGGCCUGCGCCGGCCCCGCCCACUUCUCCGGCGAGAGCCUGGAGUCCAUCCACCCGCCGGCGCUGCGCUGUCAGAGCCAGGAGGCCAUGCUGAAGGCAGAGUUGGAGGAGCAGAGCCGGGUCACCCCGCCACCCACCCCCAAACCCGGGGACAAGGUCAAGUGCCCUGCCAACUGCGACUGUGAGGACGAGACCCACCACUCCUCCUGUGAGAACCGGGGCCACACCAAGAUCCCCCGCGGCUUUUCCCCGAAAACCCGCCUGCUGGACCUCCGUGGCAACCACUUCCACUACAUCCCCGGCAACAGUUUCCCCGGCGUAGCCGAGGUGGUCUCCCUCCACCUGCAGCGCUGCAAGAUCCACGAGAUCGAAGGCAGUGCCUUCAGCGGCAUGAAGAGCCUGGUCUACCUGUACCUGUCCGAGAACGACCUCUCCUCCCUCAGCCCCGACGCCUUCAAGGGGGUCCCCCAGCUGACCUACCUGCACCUGGAGAGGAACAAGUUCACCCAGUUCCCCAGGGGGGCCUUCAAGCUGCUGCCCAACCUGCUGGCCCUGCACCUGGAGAACAACUCCAUCUCCAGGCUGGAGCAGGGCGUCCUGACGGGGGCGGAGAAGCUGAGAGGGCUGUACCUGACGGGCAAUGUCAUCCAUACCAUCAGCCCCAAGGCUUUCGACCCCGCCCCCGAUCUCGACACCCUCCACCUGGGGUCCAACCAGCUGAAAGAGGUCCCGACUGAUGCGCUUAGCAAGGUGUCCAACUUGGCCGAGCUCCGCCUCUCUGGAAACCCUAUUCGCUGGGUGGGGGCUGAGGCUUUCUUGCCCUUCAGCGAGAGCCUGAAGCACCUGUAUCUCGAUGGCAUGGGAUUAGAGAAGAUGUCGAAGGACUCGCUGGCAGGCCUGGGCUCUGGGCUGCGCAGUCUGCUCCUGGAGGGGAACCAGCUGGAGGAGGUGCCCAACCUGAGCCCCCUCACAGGGCUGGAGGUCAUCAACCUGUCCGACAACCCUCUGCUGUGCGACUGUCCGCUGCUACCGCUGCGCAAGUGGCUUGACAGGGUGAACCUGAAGGUGAGGGCCACCUGCGGCCACCCGCCAGAGCUGCGAGGUCGUAAGGUCAAGGACGUCCACGUCUUCAAGAGCUGCCCAGGGGAAAAGCCACCUCCCACGCAAGCUCCCCGAGUCCCCAAGCCCCCCAAAUCCACCAAGCCCAAACCUGCCCACUUAAACGCCCCCAAAGGCAGGCCGGUGAAAGCCAAGUCUAAGCCGCGCAAGGGGGCCAAUCAGAGAGCUCUGGCAGCACAGAAAACCGUCAGCAAGAAAAGCAAGUCGGUGUAAUUCUACAGAGCUGCUUUCAGUUAACGCAAUGUUAUUACAGGGACAAGAAACGUAACUGCAAGACCAACUCUUUUCCCCAUCACCCUUAAGCAAUACACCACA